UUACGCUGUGUAUUAUUAUCGUUAGCAUUAAUUAGACCACUGCACAUACAUGUAUGUAUGUAUGUGCGCCCUCCAGUUAUUAUCAGCAAGCCAGUGAGUGCAGUGGGGGUGGGGUGGUGCGUUUGAAGGAACCAGCAAUGGCCAGCAAUAAUGCCCUCAGUAAGAUCGGAAUUAAGGCGAAGUAUCGACCUGAUUAUGGGUCCCUAAAAGACUGGGCUGGUUCCAACGCCGCUUCGUGCCUCCCUGAGUUCCCAAGCCCCCGAGAGCUAAGGGCUAAGGGGACCAGGGCGAGGGAAGACUCCAUAAUUAUGUCCCAGAAUAAUCGGCAAAUAAAAGCAUCAAAUCUUCGUCGUCCAGCUUCGGCAUCACCUUUCUCUCCUCUGCGCGGACAGGCAAACUACAGACGCGCCUGGGACAUUGAGAAGCCCGCGGACCUCAAUGAUCAGGAGAGAUUUUAA